AUGAGCAAGCGACCGGCACCUUCCAGCACUGAUGAACGCAUCACCAGGACAAGCAGUAAUGAAGAUAGUGAAGAGGAGUCAUCUCCUGCAAGCUCUGUUGGUCAACCAUGGGCCAAAUCAACCACUGAGAUAACGCUUUGGCAGCAGGAAAAUGCUCCAAGUCCACCAGCUCUAGUUGAUGCAACAAGUGCUCCUGCAGAAGAACCGUCUGCCAAAUACAAGUCAUGCAGCAAUGCAAUCUCCAACACUGCCACCGAACAGCAGAAGGCUUUCCUCUUGUGUAUGGGCAUUGGUCUGACCAGCGAAGAUGGUAGUCGGCAACUUGGAGACCUCACAGUGGAGCCAUACUGCCACCUGUACCAGCCAAAGCGAAAUCCAAGCUAA